CGAUCGGAGGCCACAGUUGCGUGCGGACUGCGCUGUGCCGUCUCACAAGCGUGAAGGAGCUAUGAGCGGCUACCCGGGCAACUUGAACGCCGGCCAACAAGCGGCAUUAGAUCAGUUCCGUAACGCAGUCGCCGACGUGCAGAGGACCUCGGAUACGGAUGCAUUCCUGCUGCGUUGGCUCAGGGCACGAGACUUCGAUGUCGCCAACGCUGAGAAAAUGUACCGUGACCACCUCAAGUGGCGGAUGGAGAACGGCGUAGACGACAUGCUACACAGCUACGAGAUACCUGAAAUUGUAAGGAAGAACUUCCCUGGGUUUUUCUUGCACCCUUGCAAAGACGGACGCCCCAUGUUUAUGGUCCCGUACGGAUUAAAUGUCAACGCAUUGCUGGAAGCAAUGACACCUGCCGUUCUCAUACGGCACUGCAUCUACCUGCUGGAGUAUGCUGAAUCGCUGUGCCGGAGAUCGUCCAACGAGUUGGGGCGAGAAAUUCACGGCCUAUACACGGUGGCUGACAUGGAUAGGUUGGUCUUUCGUCACAUCUACUCUUGGCAAGUGCUGAAGACAACAGCUGUCAAUUUCCGCAUGAUGGAAGACAAUUACCCGGAGUGUCAAGAGAAGGUCAUUGUCAUCAACGCCCCAAGCUUCUAUUCCAUGCUGUGGAAAUUUAUGCGAACGCUGUUGUCCGAGAGAACAGCCAGCAAGUUCGAAGUCUACGGCAAAGAUGGUUGGAAAGAGCGUCUUCUGGAGAUCGCUGAUGCGGACUCCCUCCCAGCCUGCUGGGGUGGGGACAUGGUGGGACCCGACGGCGACCCGCGAUGCAGGCACAAGGUGAAUUACGGAGGUCGGUUCGAAGAGGCUGAGUCGUGCUCCGUUUUCGACGAGAAGGACGCCCGGCAGCAGACGAUCGGUCGCCGGGAACGCUGGGAGCUUCCGAUCAAUGUGCUUGUUCCGGGUGCACUAAUCAACUGGCGCUUCCAGACGAGCGCCGGUGACGUGGCCUUCGGCCUGCGCAUGCUCAGCGGAAGAUCCCUGGUUCCCGUACAACGCCUUAGAGCUUGCAGCCACACCCCGCAGGAGGGAAGUUGGCACUGUGAUGCACCUGGAACAUACGUCCUCGAGUUCGACAACACUUACAGCUGGCUGAACGGCAAGACUUUGGCUUACGUAGUGAACGUCAUACCACCGGAGGAGAUAUCCUGAUGGGACAUAACAAAAAACAUUGCACGUGCGACUUUGUAUGAAUAAAGAACAUUGUCAGAACGGC